CUUCUUUUUUUCUUGUAGCACAUAAUAAUGACAUCCCUUGAUGUGCUUGAUACAGAACAAAAAGAAGCGUUAAGUCAAUUCCAGGCAGUUACGCAAUCAGACAAUGUAGAAGAUGCCAUUAGUAAGCUUGAAGAAUAUAACUGGAAUCUUGAGAGGGCGGUUCAGAGCGUGUAUGAAAUUGGAAGUAGGCCAGAAGCAACACGUGAAAACCUAGAAGAGCAAGUGGCUACAGAUACAGAUACAGCACCCUUGGAAGCAACGAAUGAGAAUGAACAAAUUCCGGAAGCCACUACACGCCCUGCUCCUUCAACACCUCGACAAGCACCUAGACCAAGACAACCUAGUGCACGCACCUUCCGUUUAUUCUCUUUUCUGGUUUGGCCAUUUGGCAUAGCCUGGCAAAUCACAUGGGCUGCACUUUCCUUUGCUUCUCGCUUUCUAGGAAGAUCUUCUAUAACUACUUCUUCGUCUUCUCCUAGAAGAUCAACUUCUACGCGAAACCAGGAUCCUCAAGUGCUUGCAAAUGAGUUUCUAAGUGAAUACGAAGAAAAAUAUGGUACAACCCACCCAACUUUUUUUCAGGGUGGAUAUUCUCAGGCACUUGAAGUUGCACGACGUGAAUUAAGAUUUUUGUGGGUUAUUUUGCAAUGUGACGAUCACGAUGCAACACCUAAAUUUUGCAGUGAGAUAUUAUCAUCAGAUGAAUUAUCAACCUUUUUAAAUAACAACAAUAUUCUGGUCUGGGGUGGAAAUGUUCGCAAUACUGAAGCAAAUCGAGUAAGCAACACACUACAUGCCACAACCUACCCUUUUGCAGCCGCCAUUGCAUUACAACCACCAGUUGGACCUUCUGCUUCUGCAAUGACUGUUCUCGAAAGAUUUGAAGGGUUCAAUUCACCUGCAGAUCUUAUUGCAAAAUGGGAGGCUGUUUUGCAGCGGCAUGGGGGAGGUCUUAACCGUUUAAAAAUGGAACGUGAUCAAAGAGAUCUUGAGCGUCGUUUGAGACAAGAGCAAGAUAAAGCUUAUCAUGACAGUCUCAAAGCUGAUCAAGAAAAGGAGAGAAAAGCACGCGAGGAACGUGAAGCUGAGAAAGAAGCUGAAAAGGAAGCAGAAAGAUUGGAGCAGAUUCGGUUGGAUAAUAUUGAAAAGCGCUUAAAGUAUAUCCGCUAUCUUUCUACUAAGCUUGAAGAUGAGCCAUCAGCCGAUUAUGAGGGCAAGGUGGCUAGACUUAGCUUUCGUUUGGGGAACGGUGAUCGUGUUAUUCGAAAGUUCAAAGCCGAUCUACCUAUUGAGGCAAUUUAUGAGUUUGUCGAGGCAUAUCCUCUUUUGAAGGAGUACAAAGAGACAGGCAAGAAAGAAGAGAAUGAGACACCACCUACUGACUAUGUACACAAGUAUAAGUUUACCAUUAUUUCCCCCUACCCUCGCAAGGUCUACGAUGUCAAGAGUGACCAGACACUUAUGGAUGACAAGAGUCUUUAUCCAAGCGCAAACCUUAUUGUUGAUACUGAAGAAGAGGAAGAGGAUUGAUUAGAAUACAUUGGGUCUAUAUUUGGAUAAAAUUAACCAAUAGAACACAAACAACCUUGUAGAAAUAAACAACUGCUUCCCAGCAGCUUCUUAGUAUUAAUCUCAAUUUACUGCGUGUAUUUCAUUAUAUUGUAUUUGAAACAAGCUAGAAUAAGAUUAGUAUGAUUAUCAGAAUAAGUAAAAAUGCUCGAGAACAACCUUCAUCCUAAACCCCAAA